AUGGACAGCGAUGAGGUGGGCCGCUGCAAUAAAAUACCCUUUCGGAAUCUCCCCCGGCAACAACAUGAAGCUGUUCUUUCUCGGGUUUCCCUUGCAGAGCGGGCCAAGCUAUGUUAUGCUAGUAAGAUAUUUCGUAAUGGCUCGCUAAUGGCCACGUUGAUGGACACGCCUUGGCUCGAAUUCCGGUGCGAAUUCGUCGAUAGAGAAAUGGUGCUACGCUGGAUUGGAACCAGCGGGAACUUGGUAGUCCAGUUCGAGCCGCUGACGAGCAGGAUCUGGGCGCAUCCCUUCGAUGACGCCCCAAUAGAAAUUAUUGGUGACCAACCGUGGCGAAAUUUGGAUAUUAUGACGGCGCUCAACUACCUAUUGCACUCACGUCCCACGCGAGACGUUCAAAAGACGCUGGCCAUAUGCUCGAAGCGAUCCAGAGUGGCGCGGUUGUUCAUCGAUUCGCGAUGGUGCGCCUGUCGUGACUGGAAAUAUUCUGAUGAUCCGCCCCGAGGACCUUGCAGUUGCCUCAUGGACACGACCAAUGUGCAUGCCUUCUUUGGCAAUCACCCAUUAAUGGAAAUGACCUUUAUUGCCGAAGAUAGUGACUACAGGAAGCCAAUUUCGGAAGCAAUAGUCGAUAUGAUCCAACGUUUCGAGGUAGAUGACAAGGCUAAAAGGAUGCUCGCCUUCAACGUCGUCAAGUUCGAUCGGUUGCCUUACCGUCCUAAGGUGAGCCGUGUUCUCUGUAUCACAAGCAAAUUCACCGAACAAGUCGAUAACAAAGUACAAAAAAAUGAGCGUCCCGGGAUGAUUGUACACUUAUGGGGUGUU